GGGGCGGAGGAGGCGGCCGGGGGAAGGGGGAGGGGGGGGGGGGCGAUCGCGGCGGCGGCGGCAGCGCGGCCAUGAAGACUCCGGCGGACGCAGGGUUCGCGUUCCCCGAGUGGGCCUACAAGGCCGAGUCGAGCCCCGGCUCGCGGCAGAUCCAGCUGUGGCACUUCAUCCUGGAGCUGCUGCGGCAGGAGCAGUACCGCGAGGUCAUCGCCUGGCAGGGCGACUACGGCGAGUUCGUCAUCAAGGACCCCGACGAGGUGGCGCGGCUCUGGGGCGUGCGCAAGUGCAAGCCGCACAUGAACUACGACAAGCUCAGCCGCGCGCUCAGGUAUUACUACAACAAGCGGAUCCUGCACAAGACCAAGGGCAAGAGAUUCACCUACAAAUUCAAUUUUAACAAAUUGGUGCUCGUUAAUUAUCCCUUCAUCGACCUGGGGCUGGCAGGCCCCCCCCUGCCGCAGAGCGCCCCCCCCCUGCCCACGGGGGGGUCCCACUUCCGCUUCCCCCCCCUCGACGGCUCCGAGGAGCCCGAGGAGCCCCCCCCGCCCCUCCCCCACCACCCCCCGCUGCCCCUCCCCCCGCUCAGCGCCGGGCUGUUCCGCCUCUACCCCUCCCCCCGCGAGCCCCCCCUCAGCCCCUUCGGCGGGGGCGGGGAAGGGGGCGGCGGGGGCGGGGGCGGGGCGGGCGGGCUCCUCCCCCCUCCUCUAAGCCCCGCCCUCCCGCUCAGCCCCCCCCAGCUGGGUUACGCCCCCUCCCCCACGCUGAGCCCGCUGCUGGGCGGGGGAGGGGGCGGUGGGGAGGGGGGGGGGGGAGGGUCGCACUUCUCCUUCUCGGCCGAGGACCUGCAGCGCGCGCUGGCCGCGCAGGCGCGGAGCGUCCUCAGCUACCACCUGAGCCCGCGCGCCUUCCUGCCCGUGCCGCCCCCCGCGCUGCUGCUCCGCCCCGGCCCCGCCCCCGAGCCCCACGGCCCCGCCCACGGCCCCGCCCCCUCCGCCGCCCCCUUCCCCUUCAAGCUGCAGCCGCCCCCCCCGGGCCGCAGGCACCGGAACCCCGCCCAGGCCCCGCCCCCGCCGCCUUCGUCAUCGUCGUCGUCAUCGUCAUCGUCGACGUCAUCGGUGGGGGGAGGGGGCGCGGCGGAGCCCCUCCCCCACAUCAAGGUGGAGCCCGAGGAGGAGGAGGAGGCGCUGGAGGUGGCGGAGCUGAGCGAGGAUGAGGAGGGCGAGGAAGAUGAGGUGUUCGCCCCUCCCCCCAGCGCCGGCGGAGGCCCCGCCCCCGCAAAGAGUGACGGGGGAGGGGCUGCAGGGGAGGGGGCGGGGCCGGCGGGCCGCCCCUCCCCCCCCCGCGUGCCGCUCAAGCUGCGCUUCAAACGGCGCUGGAGGGAGGGGGGAGGGGCGGGGGGCGGGGCCGACCCCUCCCCCACCCGCUCGGGGCGGGGGCGGGGACCCCCAUUGCCUGGGGGGGGGAGGGGAGCUGCAGCGCGCCACGGCGCAGCUCUCGCUGGAAUCCUGAGGGGGGGGAGGGGCGGGGUGGGGGAGGGGCGGCCGCGACCCUUCCCCCCCCCACCUUGA